CCGUGAAGGAAGGAUGGCAGCAUAGCGUUGCCGUCGUGUCACAGGAUGGGGGCGAUGCACAGAGCCAGGCCCUGCUGGCUGGGCGCCCUCCUGACCCUCUGCCUGGCCACCCUUCCCUACACCACGGCCUGUCCCCGGCUCUGUGCCUGCUAUGUCCCCACCGAGGUGCACUGCACGUUCCGGUACUUCACAGCUGUCCCGCCGCGCAUCCCUCCCGACGUGGAGCGCAUCAACCUGGGCUACAACAGCUUGCUCCAGCUGACCAGAGUGGACUUUGCUGGCCUGGAGAAGCUGGAGUUACUGAUGCUGCACAGCAACCAGAUCAAUGCCAUCCCUGAGAAGGUCUUCAGUGAUUUACAUUCCCUCCAGGUCUUAAAGAUGAGCUAUAACAAGGUCAGAGUACUCCAGCAGGACGCCUUCUAUGGUCUGAAGAGCUUGGUCCGCUUGCACAUGGACCACAACAGGAUUGAAUUUGUGAAUCCCAACGUGUUCUAUGGCCUCACCUCCCUGAGGCUGGUGCACCUGGAAGGGAACCUCCUGAAGCAGCUCCACCCGGACACCUUUGUCACCCUGCGCUACAGCCAGCUCUUUGAGGUGUCCCUGGUGAAGCACAUCUAUUUGUCUGAGAACCUGCUGACUUCACUACCAGAAGAGAUGUUCUCCUCCAUGUCUGAGCUGGAGAGCCUUUACCUUCAUGGAAACCCCUGGGCCUGUGACUGCAGUCUGCGGCGGUUUGCAGAGUGGGCAGCAGAGAGAGCAGAGGUUAUAAAGUGUAAAAAAGGCAGAAGUUCUGGUGCCCAGCAGUGCCCAGUGUGUGCCAGCCCCAGAAGUGGUAGAGGGAAGAGCUUAGUGGGCAUUCCUUCUGCAUCUCUGACUUGCUCUAAGCCAGCCAUAGACAACUCUCUGAAGCUGAGGAACCUCUCGGUGCCCGGCGAUGGGGAUUUCAGCUCCGUGUCCGCCAGGGACUUCCUAGCUCCUGUAGGAUCUGUGGUGCUGAACAUGACCGACCAGGCUGGAAGCCGAGCGGACUUGGUUUGCAGCCUCCAAAAGCCUAAAGAGAUGUCUCCCAUCUCCUUUGAUGAAGAUGCCAGCAGAACAGUCCUCAAGACAUCCUUCUCGGCGGCCCUGGUGUGCGGCACUGACGCUGAGCACAUCCAGCAGCUGUGGAGCAUCCUGGCCCUGUACAGCAAUUCUCCCCUCAAACUGGAGAGGACUGUGCCUGCAGCUGGCCUGCCUGCUGCUAGUUACAGAUACAGACAGGUCCACCCCGAGAAAGAUGAACUUUUCACCAGCAUAGAGGCUGAACUGAGGGCUGAGCCAUCGUGGCUGAUGCAGAGCCAAGUGGCACUGCAGCUCGACAGGACAGCCACCACCCUCACCGCCCUGCACCUCCACUUCUCCACAGAGGCUCAGAUUGUCUUGGCCGGUGCCGACGAAAAGCAGGCGAGAAGCAGCUGGACCCUCAUCUCCAGGGACAACCAGACCCAAACAGAGCACACUGUUCUGGUUGGGGGCACGGUAGAAUUGGAGUGCCAGGCAAAUGGAGAUCCAGCUCCCGCAGUAGAGUGGAUCCUGGCGGAUGGCAGCAAGGUGAGGGCUCCUUACCUCAGCGAGGAUGGAAGGAUCUCCGUGGUCGGGAGCGGAGGCCUCACGCUGCGGCCAGCUGACACUUUUGACACAGGGCUGUACCACUGUGUCAGCACCAACGGGCACGAUGCAGACACCCUGACCUUCAGGAUCACUGUGGUGGAUGCCCACGUGGAGCCCACCAGCGUGAAUGGAGCCCAGCUGGCCGCAGCUGCUGGCAGCACGCUCCACCUCCCCUGCACGUCCAGCGCGGCUCCUGCCGCUGCCGUCAGCUGGGUGCUACCCCAGCAGGUGGUUCUGCAGCGCUCCCGAAGGAACAAACAGGUUCUUGACAACGGCACCUUGAGGAUAGAAGGGGUGACAGAGAGGGACAGUGGCUACUUUAGGUGUGUGGCAGCCAACCAGUACGGUGUUGACCUUCUGGUCUUCCAAGUGCUGGUUAGGAAGGAGGGAGCCCCUCUGAAGGAAAAGCAUGAAGCUGUGGGAGGAUGGGAAGAGGGUGAGGGCUCUGGCAAUGCCCUGCUGGCCUCUGCUACGACACAGACCCAGCCUCCAGCCACUCCAGCUCUUUUAAGAGCUCAUCAGGGCUCUGCUGCCUCAGCACCUAGCAGCAGGGCAGCACCAAGUGCACGUGAAAGGACCAGCCCCAGGGCCACGGCUCACAGGCAUUACAGGGACAGGACAAGCAGGCGGCUCAGAGGACGCCGGAGGCAGUUUGUGUCCUCGGCCAGGAGAGUCGAUCCCCAGCGCUGGGCAGCCUUCCUGGAAAGGACAAAGAGGAACUCGACCCUGAUGGAGAAACAAGGAGAAGUUGCAGCAAAACCACCUCCUCAAGUCCCUAAGUCCUCAGAAGUACCUGGGGAUGAGGAGGAAGCAUCUGGUGACCUCAGAUCGCCAGAAGAGGAAUUCAUGAUGCCAGUAACAGAGAGAGCCACUCUGUCACCUCUGGGGAGAGCAAUGGGAAGUGCGAGAACGGAGGGGCCCGAGGUGACCACAAGUAACACUCCUGCCAGCAGAACCUCUCUCCUGGUUGCAGUCACUCCCCUGCCUUCUCCUUUCGCACAGCCUGCGCCCUCUGACAGCAGAAAGCCACAAACCUAUCUAAACCCUACAACUACAGCCCCAUGGGAAAGAGCUGACCCAAGUGAAACAUCAGCAAAUGCUGCAAACCAGUCAGCUGCAGCUGAUGGAGCAACUAGAGCAGCCAGACUCCUCCCUGCUGGGCAGAGGUGGGUACCCACUGGGGAAAGCAAUAACCAGCAUUUAAACCCCAUGUCUACAACACCCAUGACAGCUGUUACAGCCACCAGCAAGUCUGGGACUCCCCAAACCACAAUGGCAAAGCUUUCUACUGAGCCUGUUGGCAAGACUCCCACCCAAACAGGCCACCACGUGUCUGUAGAGACAGCCAGUGUACCAAGCCCUGAAUUUGAUGACAUUCACUUCCAUCAGACUCAAGAACAAGUAACUCCUAAGCCACCAGAGACCUCAGCUGCCACCAUUCAUCAGCAACCCCAGCUGGUGCAGGAGGCUGCAGCUCAUACAGCCCAGGCCCAGCAGCAGUCCGGGAGACGAAGGAAAACCCCUGGCAGGAGACGAAUUGUUCGACCAGGACAUGCUCCAAGUGGGAAGGAGCACAGGAGGCCAGGCUCUGGGGCUGCAGGUGUUGCACUGAAUGGGAAAUUUGUGCCAGAUUUACCAGGCUUCGAUCAUCUGAGCAGCUCCAUCAGCCCAGUUAGCCCAGAAGCACCUCUGUCCUCCCCCUCCACCGUCAAUGUGCUGCUGGAACACCCAGUGGGGACUCCCCAGAGCACAGCCUUCCUCAGUGAGGAGAACAACAAACCCAGUGCAAAGCAGCAAGCUGCUCCAGCAGUCCUGCCCCUUAUCACAGAGGGCACCCAAGGUACUCCUCAGUGGCAGCUGGAGAGCAGUACUCCAUUUCAGACCGACACCAACAGAGUCCAAGCUUCUAGCCUCAAGCUGCCACUAGUCCACCCUGCUCCUACUGCUACAGAAACCACACAUACCUCAAGCACUAAGAUAUCUUCUACCCUCAACUCAGUCCCUCCCAGCACUGAGCCUAGAACCUCACCAGAAGAUUUCCAAAGAGGAAAAACAACUGGGGAACCUCUCUUUGAAGACAGGGCACCAAAAGAGGGGCUGAAGGAGCAGACAGAUGUGUUUCCAGCACCAGAGGCACAGACCACACUACCUAAAACCACAGCGGCCUUGACCAAAAGGCCUCCUUUGCACUUUGUGCCUAUUUCUACAGAUGGGAGUCACAGCAGUGGCUUCUUGUCUUCAAUCACACCCAUUCCUUAUGGCAAUGGUGAGGCAGAAUGUCCUCCCACUGCAGAGCCACGUUCUUACCCUCAUCCUGCAAGUAGCAUGACCAAAGAUGUGGAUGGAGAAAGUUUGAAGCCAACAGUUACACCGGUAGCUGCUCCUCAAACCAACCCCAAAAUCACCAAAAGCAAAGCAUCCAGAGCAGGGAGGAAGAGAGGCCAGAGGAGGAAGAGGCCUCCUAAAACAUCUGCUCACAGCACAACUGUCAGCCACAGCACCCCAGCAAGUCCCCCAGGGAGCACAGCCAGGCUGGCUGUGACUGCAGCGGGAUCAUCACCUCUGCCUGCAGGUCCCAUGCCUGCAGAACCUCUCUCUGCCAGUGCCAGCAGGGGCUUGGUGACAGGAACACCAGCACAUAACACCCCAGAGGCUCCUCAGCACGUGCCCACAGCAGCCACCCCCUUCACACCACAGGACACCCCAUCAGCCACAUCACCACGCGAUGGCCACGCUGCCCAGAGCCCCACCGCACCGAUCCAAACCACACCACAGCUUUCGGAGCCUCCCAGCACCACAGGCACACAACCUGCAGCACCUGGGUCAGAACCUGCUCAGCAAAUCAAAGCCACCACGAUGGUGGGUGGAAAAUCCUACCUGGAAAUGGAAGAGAGCAUUGCCCAAGAAGACCACGUAGCCCAGGACACCUCCACAGCAAAAACCAAGCUGAGGGCCAGUGCUGCUGCAAGCACAGCUGCCACUCCUUGCAGCACUCAGCAUCCCACCCCACCACCGGCCCCAACAGAAGCUGUGCCACCUACACAUUCUGCAAGAACCACCCCACCUCCACGGGGGGAAUCCAGCUCCUGGCAGAAGCCAUCUGCUGAAGUUACAGAGGGAGCCAACCCAUCCCCCAUCAGUGCCCUGACCGUGUUGACCUCACCUCUGGUUGCAGCUCCACGGGGGAGGGAUGAGGAUGGUGCAGUCCAAGGCUGGUCUGAAAAGAGGCAAGAUCAGGAACCUACCACCUUCAGCAGAAGUCACUUCUCCAAGCCCAGAAUAAUUGGAGGACAAUCAGCUGCUUUUACUGUCCUGGCUGACUCAGAUGCUUUCAUUCCUUGUGAGGCGACUGGUAACCCACGUCCAACCAUACACUGGACCAAGAUAGCAUCAGGGCCCGGUGCCACUGGAGGCCGUGGGGACGGCGGCAGGGACGGCCGGUGGCAGGUGUUUGCCAACGGCACGCUGGCCAUCGCCCGGGCGGGGCUGGGGGACCGCGGGCAGUACCUCUGCACCGCCGCCAGCCCGCUGGGCACGGCGCGGCUCCUGCUCACCCUCUCGGUGGUGGCCUACCCGCCCCGCAUCGCCGGGGCCAGGCGGCAGUUCCUCACCGCGCACUCCGGAGGGCCAGUGGCAGUGAAGUGCAGAGCCGAGGGCAGGCCUCCUCCCGCCAUCUCCUGGGUUCUAGCCAACCAGACACGCGUUUCCCACGCUUCCCCGGGCAGCGCCAAAGCCCACGUGGAAGCGGACGGCACUCUGGUGAUCCGGGAGGUCAGUGUCUACGACAGGGGCCUCUACACCUGCCUGGCUGAGAACCCGGCAGGCACCGACACGCUGGUGGUGAAGCUGCAGGUGGUGGCGGCGCCGCCUGCCAUCCUGGAGGAGAGGAGACAACGCCUCGAUGCAGCCCUGGGGGAAAGCCUGAUGCUCCCCUGCACCGUGAAGGGCAACCCUCAGCCCAGCGUCCACUGGGUCCUCUUCGACGGCACGGUGGUGAAGCCUCUGCAGCUGGUGAAGGCCAAGCUGUUCCUCUUUGCCAACGGGACCCUGCACCUCAGCCACGCGGCCCCCUCCGACAGCGGCAACUACGAGUGCAUAGCCACCAGCUCCACGGGCUCGGAGAGGAGGGUGGUGAGCCUGGUGGUGCAGCGCAGGGAUGCGCCGCCCAGGAUCGCCGCCGCCUCGCAGGAGAUGACUCGGCUGAGCUUUGGAGAUAAGCUGCUCCUGAACUGCUCUGCCACCGGUGAGCCAAAGCCCAGGAUCAUCUGGAGGUUACCCACCAAGGCAGUUGUUGACCAGUGGCACAGGAUGGGAAGUCGAAUCCACGUCUACCCCAACGGAUCCCUGGCCAUUGAGGCAGUCACCGAGAAGGACGCCGGUGACUAUUUGUGUGUGGCAAGAAACCCACUGGGAGAGGACCUGACCCUGCUGCGAGUCAGUGUCGCAAUGACCCCAGCCAAGAUCGACCAGAAGCAGCACCUGAAGAAACUGGUGCCCUACGGGAAAGACUUCCGAGUGGACUGCAAGGCCUCCGGGUCCCCCGCACCGGAGAUCUCCUGGGGCCUGCCGGAUGGGACGGUGGUCAACAACGCCAUGCUGGCAGACGACGGCGGGCACCGGGCCCGCCCCUACGUCCUGUUUGACAACGGCACCCUGUACCUGCAGACCGCCGGGGCAGCGGCCGGAGGAGACUACACCUGCUACGCUCAGAACACUCUGGGCAGAGACGAGAUGAAGGUGCGAGUCACGGUGGUGGCGGCAGCCCCUCGCAUCAAGCACGGCCACCAGACGCACCUCAGGGUGGAAGCCGGAGGCACGGCGCUGCUGGACUGCCAAGCUGCUGGGCAGCCCGAGCCAAAGAUAUUCUGGUUGCUACCUUCUGGCCAGACCAUCUCCUCCUCAACAGCCAGGCACCUUCUGCACCCCGACGGCUCCCUGGCGGUCAGCCAGGUGAAGCUGGCGGAUGCCGGGCAGUACCUGUGCGUGGCUCGGAACCCUGGCGGGGAUGACACCAAGCUGUACAAGCUGGAGGUGGCGGCCAAGCCUCCUGCCAUCAACGGCCUGCACGUGGACAAAGCCAUCAGGAAAGUGACGGCCGUGAGGCACGCCAGGAAGCACAUCGACUGCCAGGCGGAAGGCUCCCCUCCUCCUCAGAUCAUGUGGAUCGUGCCCGGCAACGUUUUCCUCACGGCUCCCUACUACGGCAGCCGGCUGACGGUGCAUGAGAACGGGACCCUGGAGAUCCGGAACGUCCGGGCCUCCGACGCGGCAGAGUUCGUCUGCGUGGCGCGGAACGAGGCAGGGGAGAGCAGGCUGCUGGUGCAGCUGGAGGUGGCCGACAUGCUCCGCAGACCCACCUUCAAAAACCCCUUCAACGAGAAGGUCACGGCGACACCUGGCAAAGCCACCACGCUGAACUGCUCCGUGGACGGACACCCUCCACCCGAGGUGAGCUGGAUGCUGCCCAACGGCACGUGGUUCCCCAGGGGCAUCAGCACUCCCCAGCUCCACACGGGGAGCGAGGGGACGCUCACCAUCCGCAGCCCCGCCGCAGACACCGCGGGCAGGUACCGCUGCGCCGCCAGGAACCAGCUGGGCUACAUCGAGAAGCUGAUCGUGGUGGAGGUGGGCCGGAAGCCCAACAUCCUCACCCGCCCGGUGGGGCCAGUGAAGGCCGUCAGCGGGGAGCCGCUGGCGCUGCACUGCCUGUCCGACGGCAGCCCCAAACCAAGCACCUCCUGGGUGCUGCCCACCGGGCAGGUGCUGGCGCACCCGCAGGCCGGCAGGAGGCACGUCCUGCUGGAGAACGGCACCUUGCUGAUCCGGGAGGCUGCUGCCCAUGACGGGGGGGAUUACGUGUGCAAGGCCCACAGCGGCGCCGGAGAGGACUCCGUCACGGUUGCCGUCGCCGUGGUAGCCUUCCCCCCGCGGAUCACCAGCAGGCCGCCGCGCACCAUCCACACCAUGCCCGGCGCGGCGCUGCAGCUGCACUGCUCGGCGCUGGGAAUACCCAAACCGGAGAUCAGCUGGGAGCUGCCCGACGGCUCCGUGCUUUCCCCGGGCCACCGAGGCCGGGCGGCCGAGCGGCUCCUCCCCCCGGGGACUUUGCUCAUCCGGAGUCCCCGGCCCUCGGACUCCGGCGUGUACAAGUGCACGGCCAGGAGCCGCCUGGGCAGCGAUCUCGCCGUGACCUACCUGCACGUCAUCUGAAGUGAGGGACGCAGCACCCACGGGUGGUGGCCAAGGCUGCAGCCAGGCUGAGCUUAUCACAGGAUCACAGUACCUUAGAGGUUGGAAGGAACCGCCAGAGAUCAUGCAGUCCAACCCCCUGCCAGAGCAGGAUCACCCAGGGCAGCCUGCACAGGAAUGCAUCCAGGUGGGGGUUGAAGUCUCCAGAGUAGGAGACUCCACAACCUCUCUGGGCAGCCCAUUCCUACUUGAGCUGAUCUCAAGUAGGUUUCACCCAAGGCAGUCAUAGCCCUGUGAGGGUUCAGCCUGCAGAGACUGGGCAAGAAGAGAGAGGAAGAGCUUGGGGAACACCAGACCUGGCAUCGGUUCAUUUGGUGAUCAAGCAGGUUUGACUCAAACCAAACUGCAGGCACUUCAGCUCUGCCAGCAAACACUGGGUGUGACGUGCUGGAAAUGUACCUAGAGACCUUCAGAAAGCACAGACCUUUGCUUAUUAGUUCAGUACUGUCCACCUUGUAGAACUACCAUGAGCAUGGCUCACAUAGAGCAAGAGUAUCCGAGAACCAAAGAGCAGGUUUGGCUGUGGGACAGGUCGACCUUCUUGGUGUG